UCGAAACCUGCUGGGAUCCAGUGAAUGAAUAAUUUUAAAUGAUAAAACUCUGAGGCGGAUGGGAACCGCACUCGUGAACAUACUCUUCAGCCUCCAAAAUCGCAGACUCCGUCACUCGUAGACGCAAUCUAGUCUUGCAAAGAAGGUUGAGAAGCUCGUCGACAAUACACUCUCAUUGCAGAUGCAAAGUUUUGGGCUACGCAGAAUUUUGCUCUCUGACGACUCCAUUGUAAUGAUUAUUUGUUUUUAAUUGUAAAAUAUUACCGGAGUAAUUUUUAACUGAGGGUUCCAAAGGAAAAGGUCAAGGGAGUGUUUGCAAGAGCUUAAAAAAAGCAAUCCCAUUAAAUCAAGGAGUUAGACUCUCCGCCGCCUAGCGUUUCCUAGGGGUGUUUUCCGGUGUUAAACGUCAGAGUUUAGCAUCGAGCUUGCGUUUCUGCGUCUGCGUUUGCUGUUCCAUCAACGUAGAUCGUCGGUGCUUUCGUUGGAUUGGCUUUUUUUGGUCAGGUCUCGGGAUUGUGGGAGCUUUGUCGGCUGUAUUGAGUCGUCGGGUUGAUUUGAACAAGGAUUUCGCUGCUUGAGAUUGCUGGCAGUAGGAAUAGGCGACCAUGAGUAUUAUUUUGUGGAAUUGCAGAGGAUUGGGAAACCCAGCUUCAGUCCAAUCAAUGCUUCAGUGUAUGGUUCCGGCCCUCGGCACAGGCAAUGAACAGACAGGGUGCGACGAAGGGACGAGUAAGGAAGAAUACAGAUCGGCGGCACGUCCCCCGCCUAAACCGCCGCCUUGGAUUGAUCUAAAUGUCGAGGUUUGGAAGAUGAAAGUUCAAGAAGUUUGGAGUAUUUGUCAGUUAUUCUAUUUUUGUUGGUCUUAUUUUCGUGUCAUGUUUGUUCACGGUGUUUUGUUUCUUGUUGAAGUUUUUAAUUUUGAGUCUUUGAUAAUGAUUGUCAAUUCUGCUAGUUAUUAUGUCAUUAGAAGGAUCUAUAUGGCCAGUGAUUGCUGUUUCACACCCGCUUGGUGGUUAGCGAUCUGCAUUGCUCUUUCAUGGGUGAUCGUCUCAGAGUCUAGCCAUAGGGUUGAUUGCGAUAGUUGGUUGAUGAUAGUUUUUGUCAGGAUUGGUCUGUUUGAG